AUGGUAGAUGUUCGGGAACUCCUUCGAAACGAACUCGCGUCAAGACAACUCCCAAGCUCGAAAGCCGCCAAAAAACGCAGACACGGCCCUGACUUGGAGCCAGCACGGAAGAAGCCCAGAGCAGACACAGAAGAAGGGGUGAAAGAUGAGAGUGCCCCGACUGUCAAUAGUAUAGCAGAGAUACUGGAUGGACCAUCUCCUCCCCGAGGCUUAAGUGCGGAUAAAAUGGAGUCCGCACCUGAGAUGAUUACCGAGGAGAUUCCACCUGCACCUGAAAAUCAAGAUGUCGAUGAGGAUGAGUGGGCAGCUUUCGAGCGGGAAGUUGCUCAGCCUUCCAGGGAGCAACCGCCUACCAUGAUAAAUACCUCUGCGACAAUAUCUGCUGCCCCCGUGUCUGCCGCUGAACUUGAGUCGCGUGAACGCGAGGACCGGGAGGCGAUGGCAAAGAGCCGGGAGGCAGCAUUACUGGGGGACCGUGAGGAUGCUACUAGAUUCUUAGAGGAAGAAUUCGACGAGAUGGAGGAAUUGGAUCAACGUGUCAAACGGCUAAAGCAGAUGCGGGAUGAGAUUCGCCGCAAACGAGAAGAAGAGAGUAGCAGACCUAACGAUGUACAAGAAAGUGGGCUGUCGGAUAAUCACACGGCUGAUGAUGGGGACGAAGACGAAAACAAUGAUGAUGAGGGGGAAAGUUGGGAUGAUUGGGGAUUUAGAUGA